UUUUUCAAACCUUAGUGUUACAUCUAGUGUUUUGGAAGCAUGAAUGUUUUUAAUUUCCCUAUUUUUCCUAAGGAGAUGAGGUCUAUUGCUCUCAAUUGGAUGACUUUCUGAAGAAUUUAGGAGUUUAUCUCACUGAAGAUGAACUUCAGGCCCUACUACCCCACCACCCAGAAAGUGUUGAUGGGAAGAUAAAACUGGAUAAAGUGAUGGAUUCUCUGAAGACUUUUAAAGGUGGGAAGAUAGAUACCAAUUACAUGGAAGAUCUCCUUAGUAAAAUGGGAAUACAACUUACUGAUGAAGAACGUCAAGAGAUAAUGAAGGAAAUGCCAGUUGAUGGAAAUGGAAUGGUGGAGCUCAGUAAAUUAAUGAGUGCUUUGAAGGAUAAAAAAGGAAGGAAGGUCGAUGUCAGUAACCUGGACAACCUUCUGGAUUCCAUGGGGGUGGCUCUUACUCAGGAUGAGAAGGAUGAGCUCUUGAAAAUGCUUCCAAUUGAUGCUGAUGGAAAAAUAGAUCUGAAUAAAUUGGAAGAAACUCUGAACAAUAUUAAAUGGGAAAAAACUGAUCUAGAUAACCUUGGCACAUUUCUGGGAAACAUGGGUAUAGAAUUAACAGAAGAAGAGCUUGAGGAACUGAAGAAACAUCUACCAAUUGAUGUUGAUGAGAAGGUCACGCCGGUAGACACUAUACAGGACGUUAAAGGAGACAUUGAUGUGCAAAACCUGGACAAUCUACUAGGCAAUAUGGGGAUUGAGCUUGCAGAUGAAGAAGCUAAGGAGCUGAUGAAAUCCCUGCCAUUUGAUUCUUCUGGGAAGGUGGAUAUAGACAAACUGUUGGAUGAAGUUAAAGCUAUUCAAAGAAAAAAUGUUGCCAUCACUGACAUAGACAACUUUCUAGAAAAUGUGGGGAUUGAAUUACCAGAUCAGGAAUUUCAGGAGCUGAUGAAAAACCUGCCAGCUGGUGCCAAUGGGAAAGUCCCUCUUAGUAAACUUAUGGAUAACCUGCAAAUUUCUAAAGGAGGCAAGAUUAAUAUCCAAAACCUGGAUGACUUUCUGGAUAAUAUGGGGAUCAAGAUCAUAGAUGAAGACUUGAAAGAGCUAAAGAAAAAUAUGCCAGUUGAUGCUCAUGGGAAGACUGAUCUGAGUACACUGAUAAAUGAAGUGAAAGCUUUACAAGGAGGGGAUGUUGAUAUUAACAACCUGGAUAACAUUCUGGAAAACCUGGGGAUAAAGCUCACAGACAAAGAAAAUGAAGAGCUAUUGAAUCAUCUGCCAGUUGAUGCUCAUGGAAAGGUUUCCCUAAAUGAAGUUCUGGAUAAGGUGAAAUCUAUUAGAGAAAAUAUUGAUGCUCAAAACCUAAAAGACUUUCUGAAGGACAUGGGGAUCAUACUCACAGAAGAUGAAUAUGAAGAUCUCCUGAAAGACCUGCCAAUUGAUGGAGGGAAAAUUCACAUUGACAAUCUUCAUAAAGUUCUGGGAAAGAUGGGGAUCCAGCUCACAGAUAAAGAAAUGAAAGAACUAUUAAAUAAUCUGCCAGUCGAUGCUGAUGGGAAUGUUGCCCUCAAUGAAGUUAUGGAUAAGGUGAAAUCUAUUAAAGAAAAUAUUGAUGCUCAAAACCUUAAAGACUUUAUGAAGGAUAUGGGGAUCAUACUCACAGAAGAUGAAUAUCAAGAUCUCCUGAAAGACCUGCCAAUUGAUGCCAAUGAGAAAAUAAAUCUGAAAGACGUGAUGAAUGCUCUACAGAAUCUGAAAGGAGGGAAAAUUAAUGUUGAUAAUCUGCAUAAAGUUCUGGGAAAGAAGGAGAUCCAGCUUACAGAUAAAGAAAUGGAAGAACUAUUGAGUAGCCUGCCAAUUGAUGCUGAUGGGAAUGUUGCACUGAAUGAAGUUUUGGAUAAGGUGAAAUCUAUUGAAGAAAAUAUUGAUACUCAAAACAUAAAAGACUUUCUGAAGGACAUGGGGAUCAUACUCACAGAAGAUGAAUAUCAAGAUCUCCUGAAAGACCUACCAAUUGAUGAUAAUGAAAAAGUGAAUUUGAAAGGCUUAAUAAAUGCUCUACAGAAUCUGAAAGGAGGGAAAAUUAACACUGACAAUCUGGACGAAGUUCUGGGAAAGAUGGGGAUCCAGCUUACAGAUAAAGAAAUGGAAGAACUAUUGAGUAACCUGCCAGUUGAGGCUGAUGAGAAUAUUGCCCUCAAUGAAAUUAUGGAUGAGGUGAAAUAUAUUAAAGAAAAUAUUGAUGCUCUAAACGUAAAAGACUUGCUGAAGGACAUGGGGAUCAUACUCACAGAAGAUGAAUAUCAAGAUCUCCUGAAAGACCUACCAAUUGAUGCCAAUGGAAAAGUGAAUCUGAAAGACUUAAUGAAUGCUCUUCAGAAUCUGAAAGGAGGGAAAAUUAACAUUGACAAUCUGGAUGAAGUUCUGAGAGAGAUGGGAAUCCAACUCACAGAUAAAGAAAUGGAAGAACUUUUGAGUAACCAGCCAGUUGAUGCUGAUGGGAAUGUUGCCCUCAAUGAAGUUAUGAAUAAGGUGAAAUAUAUUAAAGAAAAUAUUGAUGCUUACAACGUAAAAGACUUUGUGAAGGACAUGGGGAUCAUACUCACAGAAGAUGAAUAUGAAGAUCUCCUAAAAGACCUGUCAAUUGAUGCCAAUGGUAAAGUGAAUUUGAAAGACUUACUGAAUUCUCUACAGAAUCCAAAAGGAGGGAAAAUUAACAUUGACAAUCUGGACAAAGUUCUGGGAAAGAUGGGGAUCCAGCUCACAGAUAAAGAAAUGGAAAAACUAUUGAGUAACCUGCCAGUUGAUGCUGCUGGGAAUGUUGCCCUGAACAGAGUUAUGAAUAAGAUGAAAUAUAUUGAAGAAAGCACUGAUGAUCAAACUACGGAAAGCUUUCUGAAGGACAUGAAGAGCACAUUCAAAAAAAAUCUGGAUUUCCUGAAACACCUGUCAAUUGAUGCCAAAAGGAAGAUGAAGCCGAAAACGAUGAAUGUCAAGCAGAUUCCCCGUGGAAGAAAUAUUGAUAUUGACAGCCUGGAUAAGGUUCUGGGAAAUGUGAGGAUCAAGGUCAUAGAUGGAGAAACUACUGGAGCUCCAACUCCUCCAAGAGAGAACCUAUUGAGUAACCUGCCUGUUGAAGAAAACCUGGAAGAUUUCCUGAAGGAAAUAGGCAUUUCCUCCACCCAAGUUGGACGUCGGGAUCUCCUGAAACACCUGCCAAUUGAUGCCAAAAAGAAGGUGAAACCAAAAAAGAUAAUGAAUGCCAGGCAGAAUCUCCGUGAAAGGAAUGUUGAUAUUAACAACUUGGACAAAAUUCUGGGAGACCUGGGGAUCAAGUUCACAGAUAGAGAAAUUAAGGAGUUAUUGCGUAACCUGCCAAUUGAUGGUUUUGGAAGGGUCAACCUGAAUCAACUUUUGAAUAAUAUAAAAUCUAUUAAAGAAAACAUUGAUGCUCGAAACCUAGAAUACUUUCUGAAGGACAUGGGAAUCACACUCAGAAAAGAUAAAUAUCAAGAUUUCUUGAAACACCUGCCAGUUGAUUCCCAAGGGAAGAUAAUUAAGAAAGACAUAAUGAUUGUUGUGAAAACUCUUGGAAUAGGUGUUCACAUUGACAAUCUGGACAAGGUUCUGGAAAAUCUGGAGAUAAAGCUCACAGAUAGAGAAAUUGAGGAGUUACUGGAUAAUUUGCCAAUUAAGGAUAAUGGGAAGAUUUGUCUGAAUGAAGUUAUACAUAACGUGAAAUCUGUUAAAGAAAACAUUGAUGUUCAAAAUCUGGAAGACUUUCUGAAGGACAUGGGGAUCACACUCACAAAAGAUGAACAUCGGCAUAUCCUGAAACGCCUGCCCAUUGACAGCAGCGGAAAGGUUCACAGGAAUAAUUUGAUGAAUUUCCUGAAGUAUCUUAAGGGAAUAAAGGUUGAUAUCCAUGAACUGGACAAUGUCCUGAGGAACCUAGGGAUAGACCUUACAGAUCAGCAACUUCAAGAGUUGCUAACACUUCUGCCACUUGAGUGUAAUGGGAAAGUGGAUCUCAACAAACUGAUAGAAUAUUCAAAGUCCAUUAAAGACGGAGUCACCAGCCAAAUGUCUGCUUCUUCUGAUACUAAGCUUAAGUAUAAACUGAAACCCCUGACAAAAAUUCCAUCGACUCACAUCAGGGGUAAGGAUUUCCCAGGCUUUCUUCAGGACCAUAUUAAACACAAAGAGCGAUUAACUCAAGGACAACUAGAAGCAUUCCUGGAAGCUUUUGAGAGCUUUGACAAAGAUGAAUCUGGCUGCAUUGAUUUACAUGGAUUACAGUCCUCUGCAGCUAAAUUGGGGAUUGAGCUAACAAACCAAGAAACCCAGGAUGAACUUGAGUUUGCUGAUAUUGACAGAGAUGGAAAGCUCAAUUUUUCAGAUUUUCUGACUGUUCUAACAGAUGAUGAUCGUUUUAUCCAAGCUGUUGUCCCAGAUACUGACCCCAAUUCAGAUCUUGUUGAUUCUACGGGGAUCCUGUUGUUUGAAAUGCUGUCAAAGCUGGUGGAAACUUCAGCACUGCCCAGGAAGUAUAUGAUAGACAUAGUAUGCUAUUACCGGAAAAAGUAUCAUGAUGCUGCCAGCAGACCACUGUGGAGGCGCUACGAUGCUGGUGUAAAAAAGAGACGCAAGUCCAGAAGGGAGUCGAUUACCCAACAAGGGACCAGCACCUCCGCCUUUGCUGAUGCCUCUCGAAUUGCAAUAAUGAGCGAGAAGGAUUUGCUGAAAUUCCUGGAAGAGCUCAAGAGAUGCAGUCCCCAUUCUGACAGCCCGUAUGCUAAAAUACCCAUCUUUCCAUUGUUUCCAAAUAUGGAUGGGACAGUUGUGGGAAAACCAUUCAAAGAUUUACAAAGGUUGGAGGUGCUGAGGAAAAGAGAGCCUUUACAAUUUUUUGAAGACUAUUUUUUCCAUAAAAAAAACUGGAAGGCACAGGCAGCAUCCUUUAAACCUUUAGAAAAUUCAGACUGGCCAGAAGAGAUUAUCAAUAUUGAUCACAUAAUGAAGAAAAAGAGACAAUGGAGCGUAGCUGAAGCAGCCUGUCUACGGCAACAGGUAAAGAAAGGUAUUGAUGCAUACCAUCUGGGAGUAGCCCUUGGGCACCGGAAAGACAUGCUCAACUUCUGGCGCAAGAUUCGAGGUGAUCUGAUUGGGCUAGAAUCUGGAAAUGAGUCCUUUUAUGAUACCUUUUCUACUUACACAUGGUCUUGGAAUGUUUGCCAAGAGUUACUUUCAACUAAAGAUCUAAAGUUGUAUGAUGCCCGAUCAAAUAGAUAUUCCCAUGCAAGAGCCCUCUUCUCUUCCUUCCCAUACAUUACAGAAGGUAACCUAGAAUUAGGAAGGAAAAGAAAAAGGAAGAGAUGUCUGAGAGGACAAACAUAAUGAGGCUGCUAUGUUUACUAAAAACAACAUACAAGCUACCGUUUCAUAGUUUUCAAUUAUGGUUUUGUCUAAUGCAUUCUUAUCAGCUGACAAUGAUGACAUCUUUUGAGUUCUGCCCAAUAAAAAAAAAAGUAUAAACAGAAAAA